GUCAGGUGGGGCAGAAAUAUUGUGGUGUCAAGAAAGAUCUACUAUCAGUAUUAAUUCACAUGCCAGUACAGUCAAGCAGAACACUGAAACAUGCCAACACAACAGCAGCAAUAACGUAGGCUAUCUAAGUCUUAUCCCGUGCAUGUGUUUGGUGAGCACACGCACACGCAGAACUUUUGAAGUAAACAAGUUGUAGAGAAGUGCAGCAGUGACGAGCUGCGCAGUGUGGACGGAGCCGCUGGCAGCGGGGAGGGAACCAGCAGCUCGGAGCGGCUCGUGGAGAAUAGCUCCUCUAUGAACGCCCUACAGACUGACUUGCAUGUGAAUCAUAUUUUCCACCUACAACGCUGCUACUUCAGACAGGGCCCCUCCGAAGGAACACGUGAAACAAAACUUUUCUGCCCGUUUAGCUGAGAGAAGAGCUGUCUUCGGACCCCGCGCCCUGAGCUCCACUUCCCGCAAAAGUUUCAGCCUGAAUGGGAGAAGAUGAGCGUGUGUCGGAAUAAUGGCGUAUUCACUCAUCUGUCACAUCAAAUUAAUCAGCUCCCAUGGAGCCGUCUAAGUUAGCGAACCAGUGUGUGUGCCAUUGAGCUAUGGUAGUUACUGAUAAGUUAUUGUUGGUUAUCGGGGAGUAUUGAUCUGCACUGACAUGGAUCUUCAGGUGAUUGUCUGGCUCUUCUACUGCUUUCUGCUGCCCAGCGUGCUGCUAACAGCUUGUCUUUUUCGCUACAAUCUUCUGUCGCUGGUGUACUUCCUCUACGUGCUGCUGCUGCCAUGGUUCUUGUGUCCCAACAAACACACAAUCAAAGGUCACACAGGUCAUUUUAUCAGAGCAGUAUUUUGUACCAGUCUGCUCUUUGUGCUGACUCAUAUCUGCUUCCAGACGGUACUAUAUACGUAUCCUCCUCUCAGCAUUGCCAUAGGUGAUAACUGUUCACAAUGGGACACCAUAACCAGGCAUAUAGGAGUGUCCAGGCUUCCCUUGGAUGAGCCAUGGAGUGUGUUACGCCUUCUGUGUCCUGACCUGGGUGUGUGUCUGGUUGCCUUGGUAACAAUUGUCCUCUGCAACAGAUUGGUCAGGAACAGACAAAUGGUGGCUGCUGCCAACAUUACAUCGCUAGAAGAUGAUCCAGCAGAUAAAACUACCAACGAUGAUGAUGAUGAUGAUGAAGAGGAGGAGGAGGAGGAGGAGGACGUAGAUGCAUCGGGAGACGAAACUGAAGAAGAGAGACCUUGUGACCCUGAUGAGGAGGUUUCCACAGCAACCAGAGCCAAGCAGUUGGCAGAGCGUCUGAAGGCCAUUUUUCGGAAAGUCCUGAGGGACCUGGGGAGAAUCCUGGCCAUCAUCCUGUUGGCUUUGGCUGGCAUCACGCUGCCCUCUGCCUUCUCAGCCAUUUACUUCCUGCUUUUCAUAAGUGUGUGCACGUGGUGGGCAUGCCACCUUCCCAUCAGUCACCUGGGUUUUAAUGCACUGUGUGUGAUGGUGGGCUUCUUCGCUGCUGGUCACAUGGUUUGUCUGUACUCGUACCAGAGUCUGCUGGGCCAGGCCAUGUUCCCUCCACACAGUCUGUGGGCCAGACUCUUUGGUCUGAAGGACAUCAUCAUACCAGGAAACUGCUCCUUGCCCUAUGACCUCAGCCUCAAUGAUAAUCACGAUUGGCCAGUUUAUGUCAAUCCAGGAAUACUGUUCCUUCUCUACAUGACCAUAGCAAUUAUUCUCAAGACAGGACGUCAUGGAACACCUAACCAGGUCACAGAGGGGCAGCAGCAGGCAAAAAGAGAAGCAUUAAAAGAGGAGAUGGUGGAGUUAAGGUCAUGGAAUCCACAGAAGGACAACUGUGAAGAUGACACACAGCUUAUGCUCCUGGGAACAGAUAGCAGCAAAGGAGGAACUAUGACUGGAGAGAAUCAGCCAGAACUGGGUGUUAGUGGUUCUCCCAGUGGCCAGCAGAGGGAAAGUCCGUUUUUUAUGCUGGGAAAGGUGAUCAUGCAGCAGAGCUAUGUCUGUGCUCUCAUAGCCAUGAUGGUGUGGAGCAUCAUGUACCACAGCUGGCUAACCUUUGUGCUGCUGCUUUGGGCUUGUCUCAUCUGGAUCCUGCGUGCCAGACAGCAGGCAGCCACGCUGUGCUCUCCAUUCAUCCUACUCUACGGCCUGGCGUUGUGCUGUCUGCAGUAUGUCUGGGGCAUGGAGCUUCAGCCUGAACUGCCCACCACUGUGGGACACAUGAGUCUGAGACAGCUGGGACUGGACAGAGCCCAGUACCCCUGUCUAAGACUGGGAGCUAUGCUCCUGUUCACUUUAACUUUUUGGCUGUUGGUACGUCAGUCAGUGAAGGAAAUCUUCAGCAGAAAGAGGAACAUGGCCACACCACUACAGGAAGUUACUACAGGAGAAGAGGGGGCUGGUAAUGAAUCAGUGCUUAAGGUUCUGGGAGGCAUGGUGAUGAGCUGUUACGCCAAAUAUUGGAUCUAUGUUUGUGGAGGGAUGUUCAUCAUGGUCUCCUUUGCUGGAAAACUUGUUGGAUACAAGAUUGUCUACAUGCUGCUGUUCCUGCUCUGCCUGUGUGUCUAUCAGGUGUACUAUUCUCUGUGGAGGCGUCUGUUGAAGCUCUUCUGGUGGCUCGUUGUAGCUUACACCAUGCUGGUGCUGAUCUCCAUCUACACUUACCAGUUUGAAGACUUCCCUGGAUACUGGAGAAACUUCACUGGUUUAACAGAAGAACAGCUUGCAGCUAUCGGUUUGGAGACAUUUGCUCUGUCUGAGCUCUUCACAAGUAUUUUGAUCCCUGGCUUCUUCCUGCUUGCCUGCAUUCUGCAGCUGCACUACUUCCAUAAACCAUUCAUGAGGAUCACUGACCUGGAGCAUGUUACACCCAUACAAAAGAAGAAGAACAGUGAGAGGGCUGAGCGGACUGGUGCUGCUAAUAUGGGGGCGACCUUAGAAGAGGAGGACCUGGUGACUAAUAUCGAUGAGGAAUAUGAAGACGAAGCGGAGCUGAUGCCCAGUAAGUGGGGCCUGGUGAUGGACAGGUUACUGGUUCUGUCCGGACGGUUCUCUGACAUUCUCACCAAAGUGCAAGUGUUUCUCUGGAGGCUACUGGAGCUCCAUAUCCUCAAGAUGGUGGCCUUCUUCUCUGUGUGGGUGGCACUUGAAGAGCCAUCUAUAAUGAACUUGGUUCUGGUGGUGUUGUGGUCGCUGGCAGUGCCCUAUGGUCGCUUCAGGCCUAUGGCUUCCUGUCUCUCUACAGUCUGGGUGUGUGUCAUCAUUGUGUGUAAGAUGCUGUACCAGCUGAAUGUUGUCAACCCUAUUGAGUACUCCAGUAACUGUAGCCUGCCGCUAACAAAUGAAACCAACCUGUCACCAGACGAGAUGCUGAACUCCACUCUGUACAAGGAGUCAGUGGAUCCGGCAAAAUGGUUUGGCAUCAGGAAGGAUGCCACUGUACUGGGAUACAGCAAGAGCCAUUUAAUGGUGCUGAUGCUGUUGGCAUUUGAGGUGACAGUGUAUCGUCACCAGGCUCACCACUACCGUCAACUUCAGCGAUCACCUCCCACCAUCCCUGCUCUGUUCCCCGCUGCCACCAGGGACACUCUAGACCAGGGCCUCAUACCCUGCUUCAAGUACCUGCUCAACUACACCUUCUACAAGUUUGGAUUAGAGAUUUGUUUCAUGAUGACGGUGAAUGUGAUUGGCCAGCGGAUGAACUUCUUGGUGAUAAUCCAUGGCUGUUGGUUGGUAGCCAUCUUGGUGAGGCGGCGGCGGGCAGCUAUCGCCAGGAUCUGGCCCAGAUAUUGUAUCUUCCUGUCCAUCUUCAUGAUCUACCAGUACCUACUGUGUGUAGGCAUGCCACCUGCUCUCUGUAUAGACUACCCAUGGCGGUGGAACACUCCAGUGUUGAUGAACUCGGCUCUAAUUAAGUGGAUUUAUCUCCCUGACUUCUACACUGCACCUAACUCCAAAAACCUCAUAGCGGACUUUGUGCUGCUGAUGUGUGCAUCCCAGCAGUGGAAGGUGUUUGAGUGUGAGCACAUGGAGGAAUGGAUGGUUCUGGCGGGAGAGAACACAGAUGAGCCUGAACCAAUGGAUGGUCGGCUGUUUAACCCGGCACCCAACUUCAUCAACUGCAGGAGUUACCUGGACAUGGCUAAAGUUUUGGUGUUUCGUCACCUCUUCUGGUUUGUGCUGUCAGUGGUCUUCAUCACUGGGGCCACCAGGAUUUCUGUGUUUGGACUGGGCUACCUGCUCGCCUGCUUCUUUUUUCUGCUGUUUCGAACCAAGCUGUUGGUCAAAACAUCUAGGACCCGCCUCAACCUGUGGGAUUGUCUCAUCAUCUAUAAUGUGGCAGUCAUUAUAUCUAAAAAUGUGUUAUCAAUCCUGGCAUGCGUAUUUGUGUUUGAGAUGCAGAAAGGCUUCUGUUGGGUGAUUCAACUCUUCAGCCUGGUUUGCACAGUCAAAGGGUACUAUGACCCAAAACUAGUGAGUGACAAAACCUGCAGCCUCCCGGUAGAAGAAGCCGGGAUAAUCUGGGACAGUAUCUGCUUUCUCUUCCUGUUGCUGCAGAGAAGAGUCUUCCUCAGUUUCUACUUCCUGCAUGUGACAGCAGAGCUGCAGGCUUCUGCCAAACAGGCCUCCAGGGGGUUUGAGCUCUUCAAAGCCAGUAUCCUGAAGAACAUUAAGUUCCACCAACAAGUUGAGAAGAAGUCUCUGUCACAGCUCAAGAGAUCGAUGCAGAGAAUUCGCUCCAAGCAGCAGAAGUACAGAGAUGGACACAAAACCAGUGAAGAUUCCAACGAGGACACCCAGACAGACAUGAAGAGUCCCACCAAGAAGUUGUGGUACCAGCCAUGGUUGGACCAUGCUAAAGUGCUCCACUCAGGGGACUACUACCUGUUUGAAUCAGACAGUGAGGAUGAGGAGGAGCUCCAUUCUGAAGAACAGAAGCCUCGGAAACAGACUGCCUGUCAGCUGGCGUACCAGGCAUGGGUGACCAGUGUGAAAGCAGCUCUGACAGAACGUCAGAGACGCCAGAGACAGCUGAAAAGGACUGAGAGAAAAGAGAAAGAGAGAGAAGGGAAAGUGGAUCCAAAAGAGGAGGCCUUUUCCAUCACUGGUUGUAAGGACAAUGAUGUGUUUGAGGGCCCUGUCCAUGAGGAGGAGGUUGAGGAACCAGAAGAACAGGACUCUGGUCAUGGUGAGAUGGUUCAGAGGAUCUUGGAUAUCUUGCAUUUCUUAUGGGCCAUAGUUCUGGCAAUGGUGGAUGGACUGACUCACUGGCUGAACCUGCUGACUAAACAAUACAGAGACACAUCUACUGUCCUGUGCAAUGAACGCUACUCCAUCAUACACAAGAUACAACAGCGCCAUGCAGUUAUGGAUGACCAGGUAUCUGAGGGUAGUGAGAGUUGCACAUUGGAGACCUGUUUGGAUGAGACUGAUGCAGAAAACUCCACCAAAUUUAGCCUCCUGGAGGUGGACAGUGGGACUGUGACAGGUCGGUCUACACCCAGGCCAGGGCUCAGCAGCACUAGGAGUCUCUUGAGUCCAGAACCUCCAUCCAGCAGCAUGGAGCUGGCAUCAGAGCUAUCCAGACAACAAUACAGACAGUCCAGAACAGCUAGCGAGCUGCUGGGAGACAGUCAGCUUUUCAUUGAGGAGCUGGAACAGAGCAGAGAGUUUUAUAACAACCAAAACCGUCUGCUGAAGCUGCUGUUUGCCAUGUACAACCUGCUGGCAGCCAACUCAGAGCUCGUAUGCUACUUCAUCAUCGUGCUAAACAAUGUUGUCAGUGCUUCUGCGAUAUCACUGGUCCUGCCCAUACUGGUGUUCCUAUGGGCUAUGCUGGCUAUUCCAAGACCAACCAAGAGGUUUUGGAUGACUGCUAUAGUCUAUACAGAGGUGAUGGUGGUAGUGAAAUACCUUUUCCAGUUUGGAUUCUUUCCCUGGAACAGUGUGUAUGAGAUGACUCUAAAUGAGGACAAGCCUUUCUUCCCACCUCGCAUCCUGGGCCUGGAGAAGACUGACAACUACAUCAGAUAUGAUCUUUUUCAGCUGCUGGCUCUAUUCUUCCACAGAUCCCUGCUCAUGCGUUAUGGCCUAUGGGACAAUGAGGGCCCCCUGGAGGAGCAGAGCCCCUUCCCAGAAAGCUGUAAAGAUGGAGGAAAAACUAGAGAAGAUGAAGAUAGGAACAAAGAGGGAGCAAGAAGAGUUAACUCAUCAUCCACCCUGGACAACCUUGAAAUGACUGAACUGAAUGAACUUGACACGGAUAAUGUGGACUAUGUUGAACCAAGCGUCAGCUCUGCUGCCGCUACCCCACAACACCCUGCAGCUGAACCAGCACCCUCAGGGUCAAAAGAUGAACAUGGAAUUGUGUCUGGGCUGAAAGAUGCACUGGAUCGUCCCAGCAAGCUGAGGGAGGGUGAGAUGGAAGAAAACAAAGAGCAGGUGACAGAAGAAAUCCCAAAGAAACGCAGCGGCAUCCGCUUCCGCAGGAAACCGAAACCACCCAAUCAACAGCGCAGCAAAGUGGAGUCCACAUCUGAGACUGCAGACACCAGUGAAGAUACAGUUAAGAAGAAAGAGAAAGGCAGGAGGAGAGAGGCAGCCAGGCGGAGACUGUUGACUGUAGGGCACAAGAUAAAACAUGUCUUCAUGUCUGGUAUUCAGAGGGUUUACAAGCCAGUUCAUGGUUUCUUCAGCGAUAUUCUCCAUGCUGAGUAUCAGGCUGCCACCGAUGUCUAUGCGCUUAUGUUCUUGACUGAUGUCAUCGACUUCAUCAUCGUCGUUUUUGGCUUUUGGGCUUUUGGGAAACACAGCGCCGCAGCUGAUAUAGCCUCCACCCUAUCAGAAGACCAGGUUCCUGAGGCCUUUCUAGUGAUGCUGCUCAUCCAGUUCACUACCAUGAUCAUCGACAGAGCCUUGUACCUGCGCAAGGCUGUCUUGGGAAAACUCAUCUUCCAGAUAAUCCUUGUGUUUGGGAUCCACCUGUGGAUGUUCUUCAUUCUACCUGCUGUCACUGAAAGGAAGUUCAAUCAGAACUUUGUGGCCCAGCUCUGGUACUUUGUCAAAUGUAUUUACUUCGGCUUGUCAGCCUAUCAGAUCCGUUGUGGAUAUCCCACUCGUAUCCUUGGCAACUUCCUCACCAAGAAAUACAACCACCUCAAUCUGUUUCUCUUCCAAGGAUUUCGUCUUGUCCCAUUCUUGGUGGAGCUGCGAGCGGUGAUGGACUGGGUUUGGACUGACACCACUCUGUCUUUGUCAGACUGGAUGUGUGUGGAGGACAUUUAUGCCAACAUCUUCAUCAUUAAAUGUAGCCGCGAGACAGAGAAGAAAUACCCGCAGCCUAAAGGGCAGAAGAAGAAGAAGAUUGUGAAAUAUGGCAUGGGUGGACUCAUCAUCAUCUUCUUGAUCUGCAUCAUCUGGUUUCCCCUUCUCUUCAUUUCACUGGUCAGAUCAGUGGUGGGUGUAGUCAAUCACCCCAUCGAUGUCACAGUCACUGUCAAGCUAGGAGGAUAUGAGCCCCUGUUCACCAUGAGUGUACAGCAACAGUCCAUCCAGCCGUUCACAGAGGCUGAGUAUGACCAACUCACCAAAACGUUUGGAGAUAACGCAGCAGCCAUGCAGUUCAUCACACUCUACAGUUAUGAGGACAUUGUAACGGCCAUGAUUGAAGGUAGUUCAGGAUCAGUAUGGAGGAUCAGCCCCCCCAGCAGACAGGAACUCAUUAAGGAACUACUUGGAAGUCAUGUUGACCUAACACUACGUCUAGCCUGGACUUUCCAGAGGGACCUAGGUAAAGGAGGGACGGUGGAACACACCUUUGACAAACACUCUAUAGACCUGGAACCUGGGAACCCAGUCAGAGCAGAGUUGGCCUCACUUCUGGUUGGAAAUCGCACUGAGCCUGUGCACGUUCCUAAUAUGUUUCCUAACUACAUCCGUGCCCCCAAUGGAGCUGAGGCCAAACCAGUCAAUCAGUUAUACAAAGGUAAUGAAGAUAGUUUCCUGAAUAUAACCCUAUCCCUGAUGAGUGACAGGUCACUGAAUGACAGCAAAAACCAGGAAUGGUGGGACAUAGCCAUUGCAGGCUGUGCCCUCUCCUCAUGUGAGGUUCUACCCAUGGUCAUAUUCAAUGACAAAGUCAGUCCACCCAGCCUCGGUUUCCUGGCUGGAUAUGGAAUCAUGGGUCUGUAUGUGUCUGUGGUCUUGGUCAUUGGGAAGUUUGUGCGCGGGUUCUUCAGUGAGAUCUCCCACUCCAUCAUGUUUGAGGAGCUGCCCUGUGUGGACCGGAUCCUGAAGCUCUGUACAGACAUUUUUCUGGUGCGCGAAACAGGAGAGCUGGAGUUGGAAGAGGAACUUUACUCCAAACUCAUCUUCCUCUAUCGAUCUCCAGAGACUAUGAUCAAAUGGACCAGAGACAUCAAUAGCUGAGGUCAAGGGAGAUACUGACUGUGUUUGAUUGUAAAAUCAAACACAGUCAGUAUUCAGUGGUAUCUGAAGCACAUUGCAGAUGUAUCCAGCAGACAGCACAUGGAAAGCUUCUUGAGAAGACCCCUUACCAGAAAGGACAUGACAGCCAAGAGGACACAUGGCAUUACACAUACACCUAUAGACAAACAUCUGCUGUUGUGUCUUCACAGCUGCCUGACCACCACUCAAACCAACUUACACUACAGACUUUAGAGUGGAAUUGCAGUCCCCCGUGACGGGGCCGAUGGCCGCCGGAUGUCGACCUGGCACGAUUGGAAAUAAUGCCCCUGGAAUGGAAACUCAGAGGUCAAACUGUGCUGUUGUCAGAGGUUAAAGGUCAAAUACAACAUUUUAUUCUCAACCUCUGUGCAUUUGAGCCAUUCAGCAGAGGGACUGAAACCUGAAACUAAGUGCAGGUUGAACCAGCUGCAGUUACUGUAUCAGUAUGCUGAAUCAUGUGAAAGCAAUGCUGUCAAUGAAAAUUAGAAAUGUUUUUGAAAUCACUCAUUCCUGUAAAAGAAAUGUGUGCAGCACCUAUGUUCCUCUGACUUUCAGUUCUGACAAUUAUUAUGUUGUUUUUACCAAAUCAGAAGGAGCCAUGUUCUGAGUUUGGACUCGGUGCUUGAGCUCUUUUCACUGCAGGCCACCACACUAACUGCCUUUAGUUGACACUGUAAAUACCAAGCCCAGUUCGGUUCUAUUCAAAAAUCUUUGUUUGUGCCCAGUGGGGCUUUUAAACAGUAUAUGCAGCAGAGCACACACACAUUGGUGGUCCAGUCCUAGGCCACUAAACACUGGUUACGAGGAGAAUGCUGCUGGAAGAGUUCAUGAGUUGACUGAUAGGCUGGACUCGUUACUUUUAACUGAUUUUGCGUUGACCCCCUAUCCUCAUCCUUCUGACUGAAUUCACUGACUCCUUUCAUUUCCCUGUAGAUGCCUAUUGUUCCCUCUUCGUAGGACUACAUCAUAUGAAGAAAAUAUACAGUAGCUGUCUAAGUACUUGGAUGUUUUGAUGCUGAUAUAACAAAUAUUUGUACUAUGUCAAUGUGUCUCUGGUUUGACACGCUGCACAUUUAGAUUCUGACAAGGAACAGGAUGACGUCAAAUCAUUCGAGCUAAAUCUCACCAGGGCUGGUGUAGGGUGUGAAUGACUGUAUGAUAUUACACAAUAGUAAUGUAGUUGAUAUAGUAUGGGAUUGAAAUAGCGGUGAGAGCAGCUCAGCUAUGGCACAGGCUUCUAACAAACUGAUGCUUUUCAAGCAUCUGAUGUGGCCUAGGAACAACCGAGAUCUUUUCACACCAGCAGUGCUUUGACUGGUUGCUGGUAACCAGAGACCCAUUGUGUAUCUCUUGGUUUGUAGCCAUUUGUCUGUUUUUAAGUAAGUUAAAGCCACAAUAUCAAAUGAUCAGGUUAUUACAGUGGGCCCUGUAUGAUUUACAUGCAUUAAAAUGUGCACAAUGCAUAUUUCUAAAUGUCAUUCCUGUUCUUGGGCAGGUUACUCCAGCCGUCACUACCUAUAGCACCUUGAUCCACACUACCAUUAUCACAAACACUUUGGACAUGGUUUGGGGAAAAACACACACUUCACAAAACAUUUAUCUUAUAAUGAGAUUUUUGUAUCAGAAUUGCUGUAAAUCUGUUUCCUGGCACUUCCUUCCACAGGACAAAUGAAACUUCAAGGUGAAACAAACAUUUUUUACUAUUUAUUCUGUUGGUUUAAUUGCUUACCUGAAAAUACAGACACUUUUUAAAAAUCUGAACUUUUAGACAUUGAAAGUACAUGUUCCUGCUGUAUAAGAAAAAGCUUCUAGUUUUACACCACAACAAAGAAGUAAGGAGACCAGGUUAUUGUGUGAGCAGUAGACUUACCUACACAUUUAGCUAUUUAAGUAAUGACUUAAAAUGAAUGUGUAUGUGAUCGUUUUCAUUUUAAAUACAUUUUUGUACGUUGACAGAUAGGACUGCCUUACAUUUUUAAACAACCAAAGUACUUACUGUAUUUUUCACUGAUUUGGCAUUUCAUUCUAUUCUGUAAGAUAGGUUAUAUGUAUCAAAACAGAAAAUUCUUAAAGAUCCUAUAGAUGCAGUCUAAGCGGCUGAUACCAGAUGGUGACUGUGAAAAGGUCUGCUAUGACUUUCCUUGCUUACUAUGGAGGAAGUGAAACUAAUAAAGCACAUCUGUCUAUUGCA